ACACGCCAGAGCGAGAGCACUCAGGGCUGCAUAGAUUGCGGUGUUGGGAGUGUGCACGGGUGUGUGCGAGUGUCUGGGCGGUCUACAGCUGCAGUGGUGUCUCGUGUGUUUCUGUGCUGACAGCCACCAUCACCCUGUCCACAGUGGAGUCUUUCUCAGCAUGCUGAUGGUGUGAGCAGUCAAGGGAAAAGUUUCUAAGAGCUCAUCUGAGGUCCAGUUUGCACACACUGAGUCAGCCAAGGAGGGAGCAACAGCAGCACUGGCACAUUAGAGGGACUUGAGCUUGUCUCAGCCCGGGAUUUCUACUGCUAUUGGCACAUUACCUGCAGUUGGAUCUUGCAUCACAUCACAUCAGAACUCAGGGAUUCAACUAGUCUUCUAUUUCUGUGACUCACAGUGAGUUGUGUGUGAGUGGCGACUGAUCAUGAACCAAGUACACCAUAAAGGAAAGCCACCAAGUUCUUGACCUCCCCGCAACCCGGCCCUGCACUCCAUCACGACAGACCUGACUCAUACUGUAAUGGACGACCAGUGUGGGUCAAAUGGCAGUCCUCAGCGCAUUGGAGGUCAGCCCAGAUCCGAGGCUCAAAGGUCGACUGUCAUCAGGUGUGGAUGGCUCAGAAAACAAGGAGGUUUUGUCAAGACUUGGCAUACUCGCUGGUUUGUACUGAGAGGGGAUCAACUCUACUACUACAAAGAUGAGGAGGAGACCAAAGCCUUGGGAGCCAUUUUUCUACCUGGAAACAAAGUCACAGAGCAUACAACAAGUGGGGAUGAAGGGGGCAAAUUUAUUUUUGAGGUCAUUCCAGGGGCAGACAGAGAGCGGAUGACGGCUAACCAUGAGACGUACCUUCUUAUGGCCAGCACCCAGAAUGACAUGGAGGAUUGGGUGAAGACCAUCCGGAGAGUCAUAUGGGCACCUUUUGGUGGAGGGAUCUUUGGUCAGAAGUUGGAGGAGACGGUGCGGUAUGAACGUCGUUUUGGGAACAAACUUGCCCCUAUGCUGGUGGAGCAGUGUGUGGAUUUCAUCCGACAGUGGGGUCUUCGGGAAGAGGGCCUGUUCAGGCUGCCAGGACAAGCCAACUUGGUGAAAGAGCUGCAGGAUGCCUUUGACUGCGGAGAGAAACCGUCUUUUGAUGGCAACACGGACGUGCACACAGUGGCUUCCCUGCUGAAGCUGUACCUCAGAGAGCUGCCUGAGCCGGUCAUCCCCUUCCACAAGUACGAGGAGUUUCUGGCCUGCUCAAAACUUAUUGGCAAAGAUGAUGAAAUGGGUGUGAAGCAGUUGAAGACGCUUGUGGAAGGCCUUCCUCCCGUAAACUACAACCUUCUCAAGUACAUCUCCAGAUUUUUAGAUGAAGUCCAGUCAUAUUCAGGAGUGAACAAAAUGAGCGUUCAGAACCUGGCUACAGUCUUUGGACCAAACAUCAUGAGGCCAAAGAUUGAGGAUCCAGUAACAAUUAUGGAAGGAACUGUUCUGGUCCAGCAGCUGAUGGCUGUGAUGAUCGGCCGCCAUGACGUCCUUUUCCCUCGAGAUGAAGACAGUCAAACACUUGAACUAGUCAACAACAACAACAUUGAACUCCCUCGGCGACCAGCCCUCACAGCUACCUCCACUGUCCCCUCAGUGUCUCAAAAUGCAGAGAACAACAACACUCAGGUGGUGCGGCAGUGCGUCUGGGAAGCUCCUGACUCCCCACCGCACCGCCAACACGUAGACAACAGCGGCUCCCCACGAUCAUCCAGCCCCCGCAACCUCGCCUCCGGACGCUUUGAAGUCACCCGCAGUCCACCGCUGACUGUGAAAAAGAAUCCCGCCUUUAGUAAGGGCAGCGGGAUUGUCACAAACGGCUCUUUCAGCUCCUCACCUUCCUCAGAUCCCACUCUGGAUAAGAGCCAGACUGUGACAGGAGGCGGGCACUUACCUGUGCGUCGAACUGGGACCUUUAAAGGUUCGGGUACAAAAAUGGGAACCAGUGGUGUAACGAGUGUCAGCGGUCCUGCAGGGAACGGGACUGGUGUUGUACGAAUGGGCAUUUCAGCGGCUGAUCCUGGAAGUAUGAACGGUCACAGUGGAAUUUGGCUGCAAAACGGCUGCGUCAUGCUUCGAGAGAACACCAAAACUCGGGACUGUCCCAAUGGGCAUCAAGCAACCAAUCAGAAUCGCCUGUCCACAUACGAUAAUGUGCAGCUUAACCAACAGAACCUGCAGCAACAGAACCAGAUAAACAGUUUGUGUCUGAACAGCUGUGAGGACAAGCAGAGUGUGGACAGCGCCACCUGGUCCACUUCCUCCUGUGAAAUCUCACUUCCAGACAAUUCCACUUCCUGUCGCUCCUCCACCACCACCUGUCCCGAACAAGACUUCUAUGGAGGCCACUACGAAGACUUGGACGGACCAGGCAGGCUGGCAGCGGACAGCGCGCCUUCUGAAGGAGGAGAGGGAGGUGGCAGGAACAGUAACAGAGAAGAGAAUGAGACAGGGGGGAGCAGUCGGGACACCAGCAGCAGUGACAACAGUAAGUUUGUCACUGCUGGCAACGGACCUGGCAGCCACAGUGCACUGCAUAGUCUAGUGGCAAGCCUGAAACAGGAGAUGCAGAAGCAGAAGACGGAGUACGAGGCCAGGAUUAAAAGCUUGGAGCAGCGAAACCUGGACCUGGAGACGGAGAUGGUGAGCCUCCAUGAGGACCUGGAUCAGGAAAGGAAGAAGUACACCAUGGUGGAGAUAAAGUUGCGCAAUGCUGAGCGGGCCAAAGAAGAUGCAGAGCGGCGGAACCAGAUGCUACAGAAAGAAAUGGAACAGUUUUUCUCUACGUUUAGCGACCUGACUGCAGCUGGCAACGGCGGAGCCACCGAGCCCCGCCGGCCAGAACGAAGCAACCCAAUCUGGAUACAGUGAGGAGGGCUGAUGAAAACCAGCAUUUGAAAGGACUUCAAACAAGAAAAACCCUGAUUAGUUAAAGCAUGUGUAAUUUAAUUUAACAGAAGGUUAAAUCUAAUGGAAGCCGCCUGUAUUAUUGAUAACAUCACCUGGAGUGAUGUCAGAAUGAUCUGUAUAUAGUCUUAUUUAAAAAAAAAUGUAGGAGAAGGUGCAUUAUUCAUAUGGUACUGCUAUAUCAUGAAGCUCAUAAGAGGAAUCAUAUUUUUAAAAUUGCGUCUUCAUAUCUAAAGAUGCAGAAAAGAUCACACAUCAAAUAUCUGAACCGCUUUAUUCAUUCUUAACUUGCAACCAAAAACAUGUCUGAUGUUCAAAGUAAGUCUGUCUGUGCUAGUGUACAUAGAGGGAAACAAUGCAGAACAUGUUUUUAAAGAGAUGCUAACGUUAAAUGUUACUAUUUAAACAAAGUUAUCCUUGUGCGAUAUUUUAUAUUAAGAUGUUUUCUUGCACUUAUGUGUCUGUUUUGUCCCCACAGGUCGGUACUGAGUCUUGUCUGUUGUCAAUAUCCGAUCUGAUGUGUGCACCGUUUUUGAAAUGUAUGCAGUUUGUGUGCUUCUGUGCUGCUCCAUCCACUUAUGACCAAAAUCCUAGAGCCCUGUUCUGUAAAUAUUUUGUAGAUAAUGUCAGACGUUUCUCGUGGGACUGCGCUGUUGUGUGACAUUCGGAUGGGUACGGCACGAACUGAGUCAAUUUUAACUGAACCUUUUGUAGCUUUUAAAAUUCUUGAACAAGUGGGUAAUCAAAACGGUAAAAUAAAUGUCUUGAACUGAGAAUUUCACGUGAGAAAUUGUACUUUCACAUUUAAAUAUAUGUAGCCAUCCUAAUGAAUGUCCUUAUAAAUGAUAACAGUUAAAAAGUUCACGAUUUUCUUUGCCCUAAUGUCGCUCAGAAGAAGGUGCUGCAGCUAAGCUGAGUGAUCUGUGAACUCUUUAGUGCACUGAGGACAACCAUCUGCAAGAAUCAUGUGACGUGUGCAGAAAUCUGUGGGUAGAAAUAUUAGAUGAAGUGUAUUUAUGUUACCAUAAACCGAACAUUUUCACAGAUGGGUGGCAGGAGAUGGUGAUGUGUGCAUGUGCUCAGACUUACUGCUUCCCCAGCUCCUGUAUGAAGCCUGGCCAAUGCAGAUCAUCUAGAAUGUGUGCAAAAAAGGGACAAAAAAAAGUGCCUGGGCAACAAAGGAGAAUGAAGUUGGGGGGGAGGGGGUCCUGCAAUUCAUUAUGGACCAUUCGCUGGCAAAUAAUAGGCUUUAGCCGAGCUGAGAUUGUCACUCCGUUCUGUGAAUUCCACACAAAAGAGCAGGAAAAAAAUGGAUGUGAUGACAGAUUUUCAAGAUGUAAUACUUGAUACUCAAAGAAAAUCCUUAGACAUGAAAAUAUGAAUGAAAACGUGUUUUCUUGUGACUUCUUUUACUCUGGUUUCUUGGGUGGUUCUUCAAAAACUGUUCUGUACACCUGCAACAUGUGAAUGUUGUAAUGUCAAUAAAACGUGAGUAAUUCCUCCUCUUUA